CAACCACCGACGUUAGAGGGAGGAGAAGGAAGAGGAAGUAGAGAUGUGGCCUAGCCCUUUCAGGCGCAGAACGGCAAGGCCUGCCGCGGCUGCCGAUGCGAGUGGCAGACGGAGAUCAAUCUGGACCAGCCGACCGCUCCUCCUGUCGUCGGCGUGCCUGCUGCUGCUCUCCCUCGCUAUCCUGGGUCGGAUCGGGCUUUCUUUCCUCUCACUGCCCCGCUCGCUGGAGCUGGAGCAGCGCUGCCGAAUGUCGCGCAUGUGGCCGUCUUAUGUCGUCCAUACACCUCCGUCUCCCUCGGGCCUCGACAAGAAAUACCGCUUACUCCUCUACCGGGAACGGCCACCUGAUCUGCACCGUAGCCCCGAUGAGGAUCUCCCAAAGGGCCGCCCGGCGCUUUUUGUGCCAGGCAACGCAGGUAGCUACGGACAGGUUCGCAGUGUGGCCAGCUCCUCGCACCACCAGCAUAGAGCUCGGCAGCAUGAAGAAGAGCUCGACUGGUGGACGGUCGACUUCAACGAGGACUUUUCCGCAUUCCACGGCGGCACCAUGGACGAGCAGGCAACGUACCUCAACGAGGUCAUUCAAUACCUCGUGAACCAGGUCUACGCCACCAGAUCCAGUCCGGUCAAAGUUGCUGUCCUGGGACACAGCAUGGGAGGCCUCGUGGCACGCUUGAUGCUGGACAAGGACAAUCACCCCGAGGGAAGUGUCGACACCAUCGUCACCCUCUCCAGCCCACAUGCCUACCCGCCCGUCCCUCUCGACGUCGGAGUUGAGGGUGUAUACACACGUGUAAAUCGAAAAGCCUGGGAUAUGGCCAACAAUGCUGACAAGAAUGGCGAGGAAAGCUUGCUCCUCAUCUCGCUCAGCGGCGGCGUUCUCGACAACCAGCUCGCCUCGGAGCCCUCUUCGCUUCGACUCGCACGUUUGACUAGCGACGAUACUUCUCUCUCGGCUUUCACCGCCAGUCUCGCGGGCCUUUGGAGCGGUGUCGAUCACCUCGCCAUGAUGUGGUGCGAUCAGUUGCGCUACCGCAUCGCUCGAGGUUUCAUCAAGGACGUUGGCCGAGGCGCGUCUCUCAGGGAGCGAAGGGAGCAUUGGCGCAUCUCGUUGGGGAUCGAGAACAUCGAAGAAGUGCACGCACCUCCCAUGAAGGCGGAAAGGCAGCUGGAAGGAGAGGGGCAAGUCAAGAGCUUCCGAGUGGGGCCCUCGCCGCAGGCUAUCCAGGUGCUCACUUCGCUCGACGUAGGACCAGACGAUGUCUUUGGCCCGGACAGUGGUGAGACGGCCGUUGAGGUUCGCCUCUGUAGCGCUUCAUCAGUCUGUCAGGCGGUUUCUCCGAGUGCGUUCCUCGUCUUCCCACCGUCACCAGCCGAGGAACAGCCUUUCCCGCAAGCUGAAGCUCGCUAUGAGCUGCCCGGCGUCGGCUUUCGAAAAUUGUACUUCUCGUCAUCUCAGCUGCAACAGACGGCCACUGAUCGCAUUGAAGUCGAGAGGAAGGAUGAUCACGCGGGUCUACUGGACGCUCGCUUCGUCUCGGAGAACCUGUCCUUGCAGCCAGCGGGCAUCAUGUCCCUCGUUUGGGGCCUCGUUGCCUCCUUUGAACCUGACACCGACAGUGUCAGAAUCCCGUCCAUGGACAGCUCCUUGCUAGCUUAUGACCUCGACUUCCUCCGAACGGCCAGCGCAGGCUCUUGUAGCGGAAAGGAAGGCCUUGAGAGCGUAGCGCCUCUAGUUCGAGCACUGGAUUUGUCAACUGGCGACAUACAGUACUACCCCUCUAUCGAUUUGGCGGCCCAACAGCGGAAAAUUCUGACGCUGCACAGCACUUCACCUUACAUGCCUCCGGGCAGAGCAAGAGGUACCGUGUUUCAGCGAUUCCUCGAUCCUUGCAACGAGCUGGCUGGGAUCCGUGUCCGAAUCAAUUGGACGGUCAGCGCCGGGCUGCUCGUCUCAAGAUACAGAACUGCUCUCGUCGCCUUUCCCUUUGCUAUUGUCGCUUCUCUUUGUUCGCUCAUCUGGCACGAAUGGGACCAGAGUGGGAGCUUCGCCAAGCCGUCGACGGCUCUAUCAUGGCACGCAAGUGACCUCAUGGGCUUUUCUGGGCUCAUCUCCAUCACGGCUGUGGUGGUUCAGAAAACGCUCUUGAAUCUGUUUCCAGCAUCAACCUCGGCUUCGUCUCAAGCUGUCCAGGAUGUUUUUGUCGGCUUGGGCUCCUCUCCGCUCAUCUUCAGCCUCAUCCUCGGCCCUCUCCUCAUCGUCGCCGCCUGCGGGCUUGCUUUAUGGGUCUCGCUCGUUCUCGAAGGUCUCGUCUGGGUCGCAGCUUCAGUCUCGCGAGCAUGCAAGCUCGAUGCUUCGCUGUCCUUACCUCUGCAACUUUCGUAUGGAGAGGCAAAGACGGAGGGAGCCAAGGUGCAAUUGAAGAAGUCGACGCUCGUCGGGUUCGCCCUCGUCAUCGUCGUCCUCUGGACCGCCGUGCCGAUUCAGUUCGCUGUUCUUGCGGCCUUUGUCGUCCAUCUCGUCAUCACGAUUCGCUCUGCUUUGCCGCUUCGAAGGUGCUCUGCGCUGGAAGAAGCGGCGAGAGCGGACCAGCACGCCCAACACCUGCUUCUGCUCAAUCUCUUGUUCUGGAUCGUGCCGUUGCACGCCCCUGUCUUGUUUGUCUGGGCGCGAAAUCUCGUCAAUGGCUGGAUCGCACCUCUGGCUUCGUCUUCGGACCACGAUGCCUCGAGGAUUCUGUCCAUUCUCGUCGUUGUUCAGGUUGCAAGCAGCGGCAGGGUGCUCGAGAGGGCACGAUCGCCAGCCGAAGCCACAAUGACGAGGCUUGCGUUCCUCUUCGUGGGAGGCGCCACGCUCGUCUACGGGAUCCGACACACAUAUCGCAUCUCCGUCCUCAUCAAUGGCGUCCUUUCAUGGAUCUUGUUUGUCCAUUUCAGAGCGAGGUGGUUCCCGGCCUCAAUAGCCCAUCCUCCUGGGUCUUCGAGCUUACCAGAAGCUACACGAGCUGGCAAGGGUGAGGAAGAAGACGACAUCUUGCUCGAAGAUCGGCUGGGACCAGGUGGGCGUCGAGUUGCAAAAGAAAGGGUCUCAGCAAAUUAUUCGAACGUACCGAACGAGGUAGCAAGCGCAUUCGAAGAGAUGCCAGCGUCUCUUCGACAGUCACUAGUCGAAAAGUCUGACAACGAGGCAGGAAAAGAGCCAUACCGAGUGGGAGAGGACGCCGCUAAGGAUGAGGAGGCGGAGCUGAGCAAGAUGCAAGAGGCGAAGCUGGACGACCUCGACGAAGCCCUCGCUCGGUACCUGGAGCUGAUGGAUGAGUACGUCGUCCUUCGCGGACAGCACGUCGACGAGCGGCUAGGGGCAGGACACCUGCAUUUGGGAAAAGCAAAGAUGCAGCUGGGCAGAUUCAGGCUCGGGGAGGAUGGUUGGGACGCGAGGAUGAAAGCGAGGAAGGGGACAAGCUGGGAUGAGGAGCAUAGAAGCUGGAAGAUCGUCGAGAGGGAGAUCGAAGAAGAAGCGCUAGAAGGCGAGGUCGCGGGAGAAAAGGAGGUGGAACUAUUGCGCAAGGAAGACGGGCUCCGGAGAAGGAGGGGAACUGAGCAGGUCGCUGCAGAACCGUCAAAAGAGGACAAAGAUGAUGACAAGAAGAAGAAAGACGAUGCAGCAACAGCGACAAAGGAGAAGGCCAGAAAGAUCCAGCCGUACGAUGCUCUCUAUCAGUUUGCAGCACUCCCUCCACCAUCGCUUCGACGAGCCCAGACUGAGUUUGGAAGAGCGUUGCAAGGCCUUGGAAGUGCGUCGCCCGAGGGCAACCGUACACUGUUGCAAGUACUUAGCGAGAUGAAGAAGGUCGAGAAGGAGAUAAUUGAGCUCAAAAGGAGCCCACAAGAUGCAAAUGUAGAGUAGCCGUCAAUCAUAUGAACUGAACUCCCC